AUGAAAUUGGAAAGACUUUCGUUACGAUUUGAAAGCUGGGGUUUCCGUUCACGAGGGUCUCUUCCCUUCCAUUCCCCUGACAAGCUGCUAUUAGCAGAAAGAAGAAUCUCGGAGGCUGAGCUAAACAACACUAAAACGUUAACUUGUCGUCGACCCCAUUUAGAGCCAAAGCAACUGAAUAUGGCACCAUGUGAAAAUGUAAGCAGUGCUGACGAAUCUUUCUGGCGAGAGUCACCUGAGGCCACAAUUAACAUUGGCUUAGAAGCUAGCGCAACCGCAUCUAAACAAAGCUAGAGAUGCCAACAUCUGAAGAUCUCAAAUCUGGAGAUUUUUUUUUUCGGACUAGCACCCCCAACCGAAUUCGCCAAUGCGACCCCCCGGAAAAUUUCUUUUUUGAAUUGGACGUUCUACCCCCCCCCCCUUUCCCCCACCGAGGAAUUUCGCGGGAAAAACGUGGACCUAUCUGUCAAGGACUUCAGUUGGUUGAAUACUCAUCUAAUCAGACUCUCGCUUAUAUAAGAGUAACAAAGAAAAACUAUUCUUUUUGUUUGCCACGAACAACGUGCCUCACGCAAGAAAAUGAAGCCAGAGACCGUAAUACAGGCAUAAGAAGCCGGAUGAUUUUGGAAUUUUGAAACAUAUGGAGCUGAAAUCUUAGUUUUUUUGUGGGCAACUGGUCCAAACUUCCUUUUAUCCGGGCGUUUGGUCACCCUGAAAUGACUCAAAGCCCAUUAGAACAAAGAGCUGUUGAACUAUCAGAAAACGUCACGCUACUAGAAGUGCAAGAUGGAAGUGAUACAAAUCAGCUACAGGGGAAACAAAGGGCUUUAGAAGAUUUACCAGCUGUGAACGAUAGGCGCGGAAAAGUGUGUACUCGUUGCCGUACCUCCGACUACGAAAGAACCAAUUGUAAGAAAACCCCUUGUAACGAUGUCAACUCUUGCAAACUCAAGGACAAGCACCCAGAAUCACUGACCGAAAUUGGAACAUAA